AUGCCUAGCUUCUUUGACACAUGCCAAGCUUCCAUCAUGGGAAAAUUACUAAUGCGUGCAUUGAUCGGGACAAUUAUAUUUGUCUAUGGCAUCUUUACGAUUGUCCUCUACAAUAUCAUUGCCUUGUCGAAAGGCACAUUCUUCAAGCGUCCCACCGAAAAGGAGAGAUUGGAGCUGCAGCUAACUCGCAAUCGCUUGUGGGAUCUAUCAAAGGACUUUGAGGGCCUUCGUCACCAUAUUCUGACCUUGCAGAGUGGAUUCAAGUUCCACUUUGUUAGCAAUGAUACUCCAAACACACCGGAAACCAUCACUUCCGAUAAGCCAUUGGUGAUUUUCAUCCACGGAUUCCCUGACAGCUGGGUCAUCUGGCGAUACAUCAUCAGGAACCCUGCUCUGCAAAAGGCGGUUUCCAUCGUCGCAAUCGACCUCCCCGGAUAUGGAGGAACGGAGAGCCUGGAGAAAUACAAUGCCACAAAUGUGUUGGAGAAGUUGACUGAGCUGAUCAUUACCCUACGAAGCCAAUAUGGUGUCGACUCGGGCAAUGAGAGCAACAAGAAGAAGACCAUCAUUGUAGCUCAUGAUUGGGGAUGUGUCCUGUCUAUGCGCCUCGCUGCCGAAGCCCCGUCCCUGGCCCACCGAUUCAUCUUGUCCAAUGGACCAUCAAUUAUAUUGGCGGGGUCCAAUGCCCGCCGCCUGCUCUUCUCAGCCAAAAAGAUGCUCGGCAACGCCUGGCGCUCACCACUGCACGCCCGCGUCCCGCUUAUGAAGGCACUGCGAACCCUCACUCCCCUCUUCCGUCAGUUUUUCUUGUCCGGUUACGUCUUCGUCAUGCAGCUUCCUACGCCAUUGGUCCACUACUUCUUAACCGGAGGCAAUCAGUCGCUGCUUGUGAAUUGCCAUCGCACCUCGUACAACAAGGACAAGUAUACUCCGCUCGACGUGGCCGAGAGCAUGGCGAGCAGCAUGGGCCCAUCUACCGCAGAAUUAGGUACGAAAACUCCUAGCGGUGAUGCUUACCCCGCCAGCCUCAGCAAGCGCGCGCUCUCCCACGUCCUCCACAUGGCAGCCUAUUACAGUGACGGAGCAUCGGUGGCGCCCUGGUCCAAGUCAGUUGAAACGGUUGCUAGUCUGCAUAGCAUUGCAUCCGGAACGCAGCGCGUGAGCAGCGGAGCUGGGCUGUUUGAUGAAGGUCCGCCGGGUGCUUUCAAAGCUAAAACAACCAUUUUCUGGGGCAAGGAGGAUAUUGCGCUCGACCCGAGGAUCUGUCUUGAUGGGAUAAGUGACUUUUUGGUGCAGGGCUCUCAGAUUGUGCUGCUUCCCCGUACUGGACACUGGACUCCAGUUGAGCGGGAAAGCAGUGCAGCUUUAAUCAAAGCGGUCGAGUGGACUGCCCAGGGCGAAAAGGGGGAUAUUGGGGCAGCUGUGCGAAAGGCUUGCCCUGACGCCCAGGUGACCUCUUCACGAUAG